AUGCCGAAUCUACCGAUACUCAACGAACCACCUAUCAACAAUGGGGGAUCAUCGUCGUCCGCCCCUUCCUCUCCCAGACCUGAAUCACCCAAUCCAGACCCAUCAAAGCCUCGCAGGAGGGGGUCUCAUGGGCGAUUGGCAAAGCUCAUAGCUCCAGGAAGAUCAAGGAGUACUUCCAAUGCAUCUCAAGUCAGUGUGAAUCAGGAGGAUACUCAUAGUGCUGGAUCAAGCGGAAGGACGACGCCCGAGCUCAGACGCAGGGCAGGUAAAGCUGCUACCACUUCUCUCCUGGCUAGUGAUGCAAAGUACAAGAAAUACGCUCAACUGGUGGACAAGAGCUUACAAGCUUUUGAAAGUGUGAAUGAAUGGGCGGAUUUCAUAUCGUUCUUGUCGAGGUUGUUGAAGACCUUGCAAUCACCUUCACCACCAUAUCCUGAGAUACCUAAAAAACUCAUCGUAUCUAAACGUCUAGCACAAUGCUUGAAUCCCGCUUUACCUGCUGGUGUCCAUCAGCGAGCCUUGGACGUGUACGCUCACAUCUUUAGUAUUAUAGGGGUUGAAGGGCUCAAGCGAGACCUCCUGAUAUGGUCGUCGGGCCUGUUCCCUUUCUUCCAAUAUGCUACCACUUCCGUGCGACCUCUUCUCAUCAACAUCUACGAAACAUGUUAUUUACCUCUAGGCUCAGAUCUUAGACCAGCAACAAAAGCAUUAGUACUGGCCUUGCUGCCUGGGAUGGAGGAGGAGACUGGCGACUUCUUUGACAAGAUCUUGUCUCUCCUCGACAGAGUGUCAGAGGCCAUCACACCAUCAUUUUUCCUCAAAAACAUAUUCCUCAUCCUCAUAUCGUCCCCUCAAUCCCGUCUCUCAGCGCUCAAUUACCUUUCUCGACGACUCCUCAAACCCCCGAAACCAGGAGGCUCCGCUGUUGGCCUGGUGAUCCGCGGCGUUUCGGCUGCAUUGGGAGAUGAGAAUGUACUUGUCAGAAGGCACGGGCUGGAUCUGGUUUUGAGGAUACUAAAGAUCAAUGAACCGCUUUUCAAAGAUGCCGAUCGGAAAGAUCAAGAGAUCUUGGUGCGUGCAGCUAGUGGAGUCCUCCUGCAGAGAGAGUUGUCUUUGAGCAGAAGGGUCUAUACUUGGCUGCUUGGCACAGGAGAAGUGUCCGCGGAACAAAUUGCGUAUUUCAGAGGAAAUGGCCUGGAACUUCUCUCAUCAACAUUGCAAAGCGACAUGGAACUUCUCGGUACUACCAGGGACGGGCCAGACGCUCAAAGACCAUUCAAGAUCUUCCUGUCCUUUUUGGAUAAAUGGGAAGUCGGUUCAGCCCUUUCCGAGAGACUGGUGAUCCCAGCUUUACGAGCGAUCAAGAACGCAACUUCGGACUCAAAGGAUGUUCUACCAGAGGAGGUGAUUGGCACUGCGCUCGCUGUUUAUGAGGCCAUUGAACCUAUCAUCGGUAUUCAACUGGUGCAAUGGCUCAUAUCUGCCGUGCCUCAACAUGAUGAAGAAGUCAACUCCGUUCAUAUACCGGUAUUGCUUGAUUUAAUUCUCAGUGCCAUCGCGUCAAACACCUUCACCGAAGAUGCCUCAACAGACGUUUUUCGCCUAGCAGCUGGCCUGUUACACCUCAUCCCUUUGAAUGCAGCCUCAAGGGACCCCUCGACCAUCGAUAAGCCUGUGUCUGCAGGACCGUCCAUGUCGGAGGUGCUGUAUCAAUCGGAUGAACAGCACAAUGUCGCUCACGAAAGGAUCAACACAGAAGUUCUCCCUCAUAUAACCACCCUUGCUUUCGACAUCUGUCAUAACGCUUUGCUCAGUCAAUCCAAGGAGCCUGAGAGUCUGUUAGAUGCAGUCAACAUAGUGAUAGCUUUGCUGGAUAACGAGGUACCCACCUUAGGCAUAGUGGAUGGAGAGAAUUGGCUCUCUGGGCUUGUGCAAGCGCUCUCAAAGGUGUCUUCCUUCACUGUCAUCGAGUCUUUGGUCACUGCUGCUCUCAAAGCCUCGCGUUGCUCCGCGUUCAAACCCUCCGUGGUCAUAACUUCGCAAGAAACGAUGUCUGCUAUUCUCGACUCUAUGGCGGAACCUCAUACACUCGAGAAUGUCAUUGCUCGGAGAAUGGCGGAUAUACCGCUCAACAGUGCAGCCUUUGAUGCUUUUGGGAUCCUGUGGCGUUUGACGGACGAUACGAUGUUGCCCGGAGAAAUGUUUAACAUCCCUAUCAGUAUGGUGCUCGAUGCAUUGCGAUCAUCGGACCCAGAAGUUCAGCGACAAGCGGAAACAUGGAUGCGACUCAAUCUACGAUCAUACUUCCGGGUGCUUGAUCCUAUCAUCAGUCGUCUACUUGACCGAGAUAUUCGAUAUCACGAGGACACAUACGCUACACCAGUAGACUUGAGCCUCAUAUGCCACCAAAUUGACAAUAUCUCGAUUUUGUUCAAAUUUGGCGGCCAAGGGUUGAGUAAAGCUUGCCAUUCGACUGAAAUCAGACAGACUAUUCACUCUACCCUGGUCAAAAGAGUGGAAGCGUCGUUUCCCAGUGCUGCCACCUAUCUGGAGGUAUUGGUCGCUUUAUUGAUCAGAUUCAUCACCACGGAAGCUUCUCAAGCGAUUUGCAAAGCUGCCCCUCUGAUCAUCCGUCUUCAAGCUUCGGCUAUCGAGCUUUUGCAAACGAUCGUUUCGCGUGGCGAUGUAUCUUAUAAUCAGCUCACUAGUAUUAAAACUUCUCUUGUCAUCAAGCUCUCCUCUGCGGUAGAACAUAAGCGGAUGACCUUACAGAGCAAGCUGCUUCAUCUGCUUCAUUCGGCAAUUAGCGCAUCUUCAGCGAGCAAAUCAUUCAACCACCGUCGAUCUCCAUCUCUGAACGAAAAGUCCCAUCAAUCUCAUACAGAUUCCGAAUUUGAACUCAUUCUAGUCAAACUCAUAAUCGAAGCGGUACUGUCAACUAGUAAUUUGUCAGCCUUACAACAUUGGGUGGACUUUGUCUUGAUGACGUUACCUCAGCUAGCGACAGCUCGCACUGGUCUUCUACAAGCGUUAUCGGAAUGUUUCGCUCAGCAGUUGCGGUACUUGUCAAUCCAUAUUGACAGUGUGUAUAUCCGCUCUGAAGCCUCGGUCGAGGAUGAAAAGCUUUUAGUCACCGAUGCGGAGGUAGUCAUGAUACUCAAUGCUAUGGAAAGAGUCCUGAUACUGUUGUCUUCUGGACCAGGAGUGAAGCAUGAUGAUAUGGUUAAACAAAAUGAAGGCGAAAAAGGUCUUUUGGGCUUGAUGUCAGGUGUAUUCACCGUGGAGGCACCAACGGACGACUCGGCGAAAACCGAAUACCCAAGGUACCUUGAUGAUGCUAUACAUGCCCUGUUGGUUUCUUGGACAAUUACCAGGUGGACUUCGACUUCGACCAAUUCCUCGUCAUCCAAAAUACAGACGUAUGACAAAAUCAGAUCUCGUGUGAAGAGGGUUUUGGAGAAGAUUUUCAAGACUCAACCUCUAGGCGUGAUCACCAGUUGUAUCCAUGUUUGGGCUACGAACUCCAACGAAAUUACAGAUUCGGCCACGUUCGACUGCGUAGAUACUCUGACGCCCAGCGCACAAAGGCUGGUGGAGGUAGUCUGUGAAGCUGUCGCUGGAAGAUCAGGUAGGACAUCUUCCGAGUUCAGAGCGGACCCUGCAUACCUAGCUUUCCUCGAAGCGUAUAUCUCCCGGCUAGAGGCUCCCAUAGCCGUUCAGGUAUGGCCUACGUUAUUUGGCUUCGCCAAGGAUAUCAUCGGAUCUCUUGGAUCGAAUUCAGCUAGAGUCCAGUUAUUGCUCGUUCUCAAAUGUUUGACCGCUUUGAGUGUGAUCGUCUCGAAAACCAGUGCACUGGAAGACCGAAGACUACGAAGGGACCUGCAAGACACCUACGCUAAGGUAUUGGACAUGGUAGUCACAAACUCCACCAAGGUAGCAGAAGCUGGGUUGUGGACGCGUAUGAUUGCUGUGACAGCUAGUCCUGGAGAUACCGAGAAGAUUGAUGUGGAGAAGGGCCUGCAACAGAUAUAUGAGUUUCUCUCAGCUAGUGUCAUACCAAAUCUUAGACUGUUGCUGGUUGAUACGGAUCGAGUGAACGCCGCGUGUAGUGGUAUGAUGGUGAUGAUUGUCACACCUUCUUUCAAGAAGCAAAAGGUUGAGCCGAGUGUCUUGCGCCUGCUUCUGGAGAUCAUCAAAAUCCCCUCGGCACAUAAAACCUGGCGAACUCAGAUAGGAGAUAUAUUCAAUGAUUCUCGUUUCUUCAAACAUAACAAUGAGGCUGAUAUUGGAUAUUGGAAGACUCUGAUAUGUGGAUUGAUGGAUUCUGAUAAAGAAAGAUUCACCGACCUAUUAGGUAAAAUCACUUCAGCGUCUUCAGCAAAUAUAUUUUCCAAUCGAGAACAAGAAAUGCUAGUGAAAUCGCUCAACCUGAGGAGGCUAAGUUUCGUCUUAUUAUCCGCGGAGAACAAUCACUACCUUGUGCAGUUACCUGCCAUACAGGAGAGACUUGUUGAGAUGCUCAGGAGCAGUCAACUGUCACCUCGAGUGCACAGCGAGGUAUAUCUCUGUCUAAGGGUAUUGAUGUGUCGCAUAUCUCCACAACAUCUCACAAACUUUUGGCCAGUCAUCUUAACAGAGCUGUUACGGAUAUUUGAACUCACAAUGGACGAUCCGCCUGAGGAUGGAUCUGAGGCUUUACAACUCGUAUUGGCAGCAUGUAAAUUCCUGGAUCUGCUGUUGGUGAUACAAUCGGAAGAUUUCCAAGUACAUCAAUGGAUGUUCGUGACAGAUACUACAGAUGCCGUCUAUCCCACUGAGGGGUAUGAUCCAGAAGCAUUGAUGGAUUGUUUGUCCAACAUCUUGAGUGAUAAUGGCGGUCAUAGAGGUCGAUCAGGUUCAGAUAAAUCACCAUAUGAACCACUUUUGCUUUCAGAACAAUCCGAAAAUGGAGCGAGAAAACCUAGAUUAUCAUCUGUUAGAACGCUGAAUAGUAUAUAUCAACUACAACCUUUCUUCUCUAGGGCUAGUAUCGAUACGUUUGAAGGUGUCUAUGGAGGAGUGGGAGUGGAUUGGGAAACUGUAGAAGAAGGUUUGAGUGAAGAGAUAUUUGAUGUUUAG